CGGACGAUGCCGUGACGCGGCCGAGCGACAGUGUUGAUAGCGUGAGCGCACCCCUGAGGAGGAAGCCCUUCCGUCCCGGAGGCGGCGCGGCGUGGAGGCAGGUUGCUAUUUGAGAGAGCUCCCUUGAAGCUCUUCAGUGAGUGGGGGAGGGGCGGCAGACGACGGGCGUCCGCGUCUGCGCUUGCGCUGGUCCCUCUGCCGACCCGGUCCUCACGCACGCGCAUGCCCGGAGCUCGUGAGCCGCGGUGUCCGGCAGCACUGCGCGUGCGCGGUGAGGGGCCUACUGAGGAGCAGCGCUGGCCGACGUCGGGCGGGCGGCCCGUGACGUCGUGAGGAGCGCUUUAAAGUGCGGGCCGGGCCGGGCGUCCGAGGGUCUGGUGGGGAGUCGGGCGGAUCCUCUGCAGCAGCCCUCCGCGGCAUGAGGCGCUGCUGGCGCCCUUGCCCCGCGAGACGUGGAGAAAGUGGAGGAGGAGGAAGCCCCGUUGUCGCCACCGCCGCAUGACCCGCCGUCCCUGAGCCCCGACCCCGCGCCCUGCUUCUCGAAGCCCCCCGCCGGGUCCUGCCGCCACGGAUGGGGACCGGGCGGUGAGGACCUUCUAACCUCCGGGAGCCCCGGGGCACGUCUCCCGAGAGCCAUGCCCGCCCGCCCCGGAGGACCCUAGAGCAGCGUCGCGGGGGCCAUGGCUGCCGCCAGCGGCUAUACGGACCUGCGUGAAAAGCUCAAGUCCAUGACGUCCCGGGAUAACUAUAAGGCGGGUAGUCGGGAGGCAGCCGCCGCCGCCGCCGCUGCUGUGGCCGCCGCCGCCGCGGCCGCGGCCGCCGCCGAGCCUUACCCCUUGUCCGGGGCCAAGCGCAAGUACCAGGAAGACUCGGACCCGGAGCGCAGCGACUAUGAGGAGCAGCAGCUGCAGAAGGAGGAGGAGGCGCGUAAGGUGAAGAGCGGCAUCCGUCAGAUGCGCCUCUUCAGCCAGGACGAGUGCUCUAAGAUCGAGGCCCGCAUCGACGAGGUGGUGUCCCGCGCCGAGAAGGGCCUGUACAACGAGCACACGGUGGACCGGGCCCCGCUGCGCAACAAGUACUUUUUCGGCGAGGGCUACACUUACGGCGCCCAGCUGCAGAAGCGCGGGCCCGGCCAGGAGCGCCUUUACCCUCCGGGCGACGUGGACGAGAUCCCCGAGUGGGUGCACCAGUUGGUGAUCCAGAAGCUCGUGGAACACCGCGUCAUCCCCGAGGGCUUCGUUAACAGCGCCGUCAUCAACGACUAUCAGCCCGGCGGCUGCAUCGUGUCUCACGUGGACCCCAUCCACAUCUUCGAGCGCCCCAUCGUGUCCGUGUCCUUCUUUAGCGACUCCGCGCUCUGCUUCGGCUGCAAGUUCCAGUUCAAGCCUAUCCGAGUGUCGGAACCUGUGCUUUCCCUGCCGGUGCGCAGGGGGAGCGUGACUGUGCUCAGUGGAUAUGCUGCUGAUGAAAUCACUCACUGCAUACGGCCUCAGGACAUCAAGGAGCGCCGAGCUGUCAUCAUACUCAGGAAGACGAGAUUAGAUGCACCCCGGUUGGAAACAAAGUCCCUGAGCGGCUCCAUGUUACCACCCAGCUAUGCUUCAGAUCGCCUGUCAGGAAACAAUAGGGACCCUGCUCUGAAACCCAAGCGGUCCCACCGCAAAGCAGACCCUGAUGCUGCUCACAGGCCCCGUAUCCUGGAGAUGGACAAGGAAGAGAACCGGCGCUCAGUGCUACUACCCACACACCGGCGGCGGGGUAGCUUCAGCUCUGAGAACUACUGGCGCAAGUCCUACGAGUCUGCGGAGGACUGCUCGGAGGCGGCAGGCAGCCCUGCCCGAAAGGUGAAGAUGCGGAGGCACUGAGGCCUGCCCGCCACCCUCCUGGGACCUCUGGCUAAUCCUCAUGUAGCUGCCCCUUCUUUUGUUUUGAGGGUUUUGUUUUUGUUUGUUUUUUGUUUCAUUUUUGGGUUUUUUGUUUGUUUGUUUUUGUUUUUUUUUUUAUCCUAUAUAUUUUUUCCUUGGUCUGUUGCCUGUUGAAGCUGAAGAACAGAAUUGGCCAGGACCUGGCUUCUCAUGUUUUUGGUUUUCCUCCUGGAUGGAAAAGCUGUUGGUGUUUGUAGGGGACAGAAACUCACACUGGAGUGGCCAGUAGAGGUGUGGGGGCAGCUGUCUUAAGGUGGGGCUGUGUCAGGCUGGGUUUAUUUAAAAGCAACAAAAUGUUUUGGUUAAGAAAUUCUUGUUUUGCUUUAAAUGUCAAUCUUUGCAGUGUUCUAAACAAAGUUCAAUCUCCUGCCCACCCUUCCUCCACUGAUGUCAGUGCUUGGUUGAGGUCUCUUGGAGCCCUACCAGCUGUGCAUGGAGCCUGCUGUCCUCCACCUCUCACCUGCUCCCCAGGCCCUGGAAGCUCAUACAACACCCUUUCUUCCUCCUGCAUCAGAGUCGUUCAGGUUGGCUGGGCAGAGGCUUAAACAAUGCCAGCCCCUGCCACUCCAAAGCUAUUGCUAAGGCUUCCUUCAUGCCCACUGGCCUGCUCUGCCCACAGUUCCUUAGGCUGCCAAGGGGCUAGCACAGUGGUCCUGACUUCUCUUGCCAAGAGCAUGCCUCUUUGCUGGGUUGCUCCUUUCAAGCAUAUGCGUGUGAUUGUAUGGAACAGUUAGACUUGCUCUGUUGGGUCAGCUUUAGCCAUUUCUACCUAGAGGGACUGGUGUCCUUCCAAAUCUAGCAUUUGAGGUAUGGAAAAUUUUGUGGUGUGUGGUAGGGUUAUUGUUUUCUUUUGUUUUGAGUUUUUAUUUUUCCUUCAGUUUCCUGGCUUUUUCCUUUCCCUUUCCUUUCUCCUACAUUGACCAGACUGGGCCUUCUCCCCAUGUCACCCCUCUAGGAAGGUGCCCGCCCCCUCUGUCCGCCUGUAGCAUGCAUCCAGGGCCAGAGCUCAGGCCUGCAGACUGGGUUGGUGCCUCCUCUCUGCCCCAGGGGCAUGGGAGCUGGGGAAGAGGCUUUAAAAAAAUCAUAAUAAUAAAAGGAAAAAAAGGCAAAGUCUUUGGCAAGUUUCCCACUCAGAUCCUGGAAGGCUGCAAGUUUUGCUGAUCUAGAUUAAUUAGGAAUGUCUUCUUGCCAGCCAGGCCAGGACCUGGGCCUGCCGAAAGUAGAGCCCCUCUCGGCAACCAGGCUACCACCGCUCCAGGGGGCUUUGUGUAUAGAGGCCCAGGCUGGAGGCCUCGGAGGCUGCACAAGUCUGGGGCAGCCACCAUCAAGAAGCCCUUCUCAGGGGCCAGAACUCCUUUGCCAGCGUGGAUUCCUCAAGUUGGGACUGCGUAACUAAAGCAGUUGCAGUUUUAUUUUUUUUACAGCUUUUUUCCCAAAAAUGAUUUGUAGUUGUGUGUUCAGCACUUUGCCCUGAUAUGUGUGCUCUACAAUAAAAACCAAAUCUAAUAUAUUUUGAAA